AAUAUUGAAUUCCAAGUUUAAUCAACUUUAUAAAAAAUUCAAAUUUUUUACAUCUAAUCGCAGAACGAAGACAGGAUAUAAAAUGGCUCAUUUCUUAACUAAUCCACCCCAUCAAAACUAUUAUAUAAAGAACAUGAUUGCCUAUACCGAAGACCACGUUCCCGUACAGAAGCUGUACUUCUACAAGGUUUCGCCGCAGAGCAUUCUGGAGCACCACUUUGAGGCCUAUGGGCGCGUGCUUCGCAUGCAAAUAUUUAAGCCCCGAAAAUUUUCCCGUGGCGGUGGGGAACGCAAUGAAAAUCAGUUUUACCUAACUGGAUUUGUUUUAUACGCGCAAAAACAAGAUGCAGCUAAGGCUCUUUUUAACCGGGCUCACCGCAUCGACGGAUGGAUAUUCUUUGUUCAGGCUAGUCACAGUUGGCAUCAACCGGAAGCUUUCGGAAAACCCCAUCACGAUAGCUUAUGUAUGCUACCAAGCGAUAAGCCUGCACCGUCUUCCACAAUCAUGAGCCUAGACGAUUACUGUUUAGAGAAUAUACUCCAAUAUCUUAGUCUGGUUGAUCAAAUACACUUCGCCAGGAGUUGCCUGCGCUUCAGAUGCGUAUACCAGGCGGCUAGCGCCAGGCUGCAUAAGUCGGUUAAUUUUUGGCAACUCAAUGGUAUGACUGUUUGGAACAUGCGUGACUUCUUCCUUUUGUCCGGUCGGCAUAUUCAGAACGUGGAGGGCAUGCUGUCCCCUAUUCGCUCCCAACGCCUGUGCAACUUUUUAGCUCAUAACUGCACUAAUCUCAAAACAAUGGAUCUGGUCAGCAGUCCCAUAACUACGCGCAACAUUAACAAAAUCUUCGCCAAAAUGCACAAGCUGGAGACUCUGAAAUUGCGCAUGUCGUGUAUACAAGAUAUGUGUAUCUUGGGCUUAAGAAAUCUUCGCAGUCUGAAGACUCUCAAUUUGAGCGGAAAUCCUUUGCAGGGUAUUAACCUUGCGAAGUUGCCGGCCACUAUCGAAUCAUUGACGCUAAAUGACUGUCAAUACUUUCAGGGCUCCUACCUUUCCAACAUUUGCAAGUCCUUUCCUCAUCUGAAAGAACUCAACGUUAAGAACAUAUACAUAUCGUGCGAUGUCUACCGCAAAAUAAUCAACGAGAAGUCCUGCCCAUUGCUUGAGACUGUGGUAAUGACAGCACACGACGAAGAGAAUUACCAAUUCGUUGCCAAGUUACCUGGAUUAAAGUAUCUGACUGUGUUUAUCAGUUUGCCUAACGUUAACCCAAUGACCAACGAGCUAUUUGAGCAGCUGUCAGAGCACAAAGCGGAACAGUUGGAGCGACUUGAGAUAAUUGGUGGUACCAAACUGGACCGUAAUAUGCUUCACCUCAUAUCCAAACUGGUCGGAUUACGUACACUGGUCAUUUCCCGCAUUGUGGCUGACGAUGGGCUUGACCGGCUCUCUGGUCUCUCCAAAUUGGAGCGGUUCACUCUUCGGUUCUCGGGCAAUGUAAGGGAAACUGCCAUCUUGAAGCUGUUCAGUACAUGUCGCAAAUUGUGCUUCCUCGGGCUAGAGAGUACUUUUUUCGAGAGCAACAACGUAUUGAUGGACAUUGUGAACAAGGUGUGCCAGGAAAGGGCCAACAGGGAAAUUCAGCGAGAGUUACCCAUUCAGCUGACGACCUUUUUCCCCAGCAACAACAUCAAGAGAUUUAUCGAGGCGCAUCCUGAUAAAGUUCCUAAGGAUAUAAUACGAAUUGUGCCUACAACUGCCCACGAAUACGAAUAUGAUUGGAUAAACUUGGACUAUGCCGACGAUCCCGAUGUCGACCUUUAUGAAAAUUCCGAUGAUGACUUUGAACAUUUAAGCGACCAAGACUUUCUUGAUAUGGGCUUUUUAAGCGAUGAUGACAAGGAAUCGGAUUUCGAUCCCGUUCCCUAAUAAUAUUCAGGGAGAUGAUUUUUUCGGUAUCGGGUAUCCCCAGGAUUGAAGUAUGUUUUAUUUCCGUCGAGGAAUUGGAUUUUAUAAUUUAAAUUAUUCUAUUUGACAUUAUAGAUUUAUGACCAUGUCAAACGUUACCAAAAGACCAAAUAAGGCUACAGUUAAUUUAAUGUUAAAUUAAUAUAUAAAUAUUAUGCAUUUAAUGACGACAUCUUGAUUAAUUUCACGAAAAUAAAAGCUUAGAAAAUGAUCAUAGUUUAUAUUGAAAUAUGUUAUUUUAAAACGCGAGAAGGUACGAUCUAAAAGAGUACGAAUAAAUUCACUCUUUAUAGCUUCAAAAAUA